AUGGCGAGUGGGAGACGGAGCAGGGACAGCAAGAGGCAAGUGAUCGUGUUUAUUCUGUGCGUUUACGUGUGUCAGAGCGGGGCCGAAACCCUCCGUUAUUCUUUGCCAGAGGAAAUGGAAAGGGACUCCUUUGUCGCCGAUAUUGCAAACGACCUGGGGGUUGCUCCGAGCCAGCUCGCAGCUCGCAAGGCCCGCGUUGUGUCCGAGGGAAACGAGCAGCUUUUCCAUCUCAAUCAAAACACCGGAGUCCUGACGGUAAAGGAGUCGUUGGACCGAGAGGAGAUCUGUCCGCAAAGCGAUACCUGCACGCUCUUCUUUAAGAUAUUCUUUGAAAAUCCCUUGCAGCUGAUCCGGGGGGAGGUGGAGGUUCGUGACGUGAACGACAACUCCCCCGUGUUCCCGGAGAAGGAGAUGGUUUUAGAGAUUCUGGAAACGGCAUCUCCUGGGUCCCGUUUUCCUCUGGAAAGCGCCCAGGACAAGGACGUGGGCAGUAACGGUUUGCAGAACUACAGCCUCGGGUCCAACCCGCAUUUCUCCCUCGCUCUCGGAACAGGGAAAGAUGGAGUAAAAUACGCGGAGCUCGUUCUACAGCGGCAGCUGGACCGCGAGGAACAACGAGAGAUGAAUUUACUCCUCACCGCCACCGACGGGGGCUUGCCACCCAGGUCGGGCACGGCUCAGAUCCGGAUCGUGGUGCUGGAUGCCAACGACAACAUCCCGGUCUUCGGUCAGGAGUUCUACGAGGUUCACCUGGCUGAGAACAGCCCCCUGGAGCAACUGGUGGUCAGGGUCAGGGCCACGGAUCCCGACGAAGGGUCCUAUGGGAAAGUGCGGUACGCCUUCACCCAGACAUCGGAGCGGUCCCGGCAGCUCUUCGAGCUGAACCCUGCCACCGGGGAGAUACGGGUGGCGGGCAGCUUGGACUUCGAGGAAGCGAAAAACUACAAGAUGGUGGUGACAGCCACGGACGGAGGCGGCCUGUCUGCGCAUUGCAAAGUGGUGGUGGAGAUCCUGGACGUGAACGACAACGCCCCGGAGAUAACGCUCACCUCCCUCACCGCCUCCGUUCCCGAGGACGCCCCACCCCGCACCGUGGUGGCCCUGUUCAGUGUGCGGGACCGGGACUCCGGGGACAACGGCAGGACGGAGUGCGCGAUCGACGGGGAUUUGCCCUUCAGUCUUAGCCCUACUUUUGAUAAUUACUACGAAUUGAGAACAAACACGGCGUUGGACAGCACAGCCAUGGACUGGGGCAGGACGCGGCUGAGCUCUCGGGAAAACCUCUUCGUGCAAAUAUCGGACGUGAACGACAAUCCCCCAGAGUUCACUCAGGAGGUUUACACCAUGUCGGUCACAGAGAACAACAAUCCCAUGCUCCGAAUCGGCAGCGUGAACGCUACAGACGCCGACACAGGUAAAAACGCUCGCGUACACUACGCGCUGAUGCGGCAGGAGGGCAAGGAGCAGCCCGACGUGUCGGUCAACCCUGAAAACGGGGAUGUUUAU